CUCAAGGGAGGAAGUUGGUGUGCAGAGCGGCUUUUGUGCUGUUUCCAUGGUGGAAGCAGCAGCUGGCAGACAAACAGGAUGGCAAUAAGAGCACUCUGGACAACUGUCAAUAACAAGGAACGUUGAAAAGUGAAGAUAAUCAAGCCAGAAAUCAAAAUAUUUUCCAUUUCCUUCAGAAAAACACAGAAUUUUCCUCCUCCUCCUCCAACAGCUGUUAGACAAAAGAGAGAAAAUCAAGAAAGAAUAAGCAGAUUAUGCAGAAUUCAAGGAUACGUUACAUGAGUCAAAGGAGAUUAUUUUUCAAUCAGCAAAAAAGUGAAAUAUCUGGAACUGAGUGGGGAGGAAAGGGUCAAUAGUAAAGCCAUGUAGAGCAGAUAGUAAUGCAGGCCUCUCCCUGUGAGGAAGAAAACGGCUUCAAUGACAGCCCCAGUAAACAAGGCAUUGUAAGAAUUCCAGCCAGGUGAUCCAUCAGUGGAUUGACUCCAGAGAGACACUAUGAGUGUCUAGACUGUGAGAAAAGCUUCAUUAGAGAUUUUCAUCUCAUGAGACACCAGAGAACUCACACAGAAGACAAACGCUUUGAAUGUCCUGAUUAUGGGAAAAGUUUUAAUUAUAAUUCCUACCUGGUAAGGCACCAGAGGACUCACACAGGAGAGAAAUCCUUUGAAUGUCCUGACUGUGGGAAAAUGCUUUGAAUGUCCUGAUAGUUGGAAAACUUUUGGUUGAACUUCCAGCUUGGUGAUACAUCAGAGGAUUCACUCCACAGAGAAACCCUGUGAGUGUCGAGGGUGCAGGAAAAGUUUCAUUAGAAAUUCCCAACACAUGAGACACGAGACCAUGCACACAGGAGAGAAACCCUUUGAAUGUCCUAUCUGUGGGAAAAGCUUUAGUGAUAAUUCCAACCUGGUGACACACCAGAGGACUCACACAGGAGAGAAAUUCUUUGAAUGUUCUGACUGUGGGAAAAGCUUUAAUUAUAAUUCCGAUUUGCUGAUACACCAGAGGACUCACACAGGAGAGAAACUGUUUGAAUGUGCUUUCUGUGGGAAAGGUUUCAGUAAGAAUUCCUACCUGGUGAUACACCAGAGGACUCACACAGGAGAGAAACCCUUUGAAUGUUCUGAAUGUGGGAAACAUUUUAGUAAUAAUUCCAGCCUGGUGACACACCAGAGGACUCACACAGGAGAGAAACCCUUUGAAUGUCCUGACUGUGGGAAAAGUUUCAUUACGAAUUCCCACCUGGUGACACAUCAGAGAACUCACACAGGAGAGAAACCCUUCAAAUGUUCUGACUGUGGGAAAGGUUUCAGUCAGAAUUCCAGCCUGGUGAUACACCAGAGGAUUCACACAGGAGAGAAACCCUUUGAAUGUCCUGACUGUGGGAAACGUUUUAGUAAUAAUUCCAACCUGGGGACACACCAGAGGACUCACACAGGAGAGAAACCCUUUGAAUGUCCAGACUGUGGGAAAAGUUUUAAUUAUAAUUCCUACCUGGUGACACACCAGAGGACUCACACAGGAGUGAAACCCUUUGAAUGUUCUGACUGUGGGAAAAGUUUCAGUCAAAAUUCCUACCUGGUAAGGCACCAGAGGACUCACACAGGAGAGAAACCCUUUGAAUGUCCUGACUGUGGGAAAGGUUUCAGUCAAAAUUCCAGCCUGGUGACACACCAGAAAACUCACACAGGAGAGAAACCCUUUGAAUGUUCUGACUGUGGGAAAAGUUUUAAUUAUAAUUCCUACCUGGUAAGGCACCAGAGGACUCACACAGGAGAGAAACCCUUUGAAUGUCCUGACUGUGGGAAAAGCUUUAAUUAUAAUUCCGAUUUGCUGAUACACCAGAGGACUCACACAGGAGAGAAAAUGUUUGAAUGUCCUUUCUGUGGGAAAGGUUUCAAUCAGAAUUCCUACCUGGUAAGGCACCAGAGGACUCACACAGGAGAGAAACCCUUUGAAUGCCCUUUCUGUGGGAAAGGUUUCAGUCAGAAUUCCCACCUGGUGACACACCAGAGGACUCACACAGGAGAGAAACCCUUUGAAUGUCCUGACUGUGGGAAAGGUUUCAGUCAGAAUUCCAACCUGGUGGCACACCAGAGGACUCACACAGGGGAGAAACCAUUUAAGUGCUCUGAGUGUGCAUGGUGCUUCAGUAAAUCUUCCAACCUUAUCGCACACAAGAAAAUGCACCUGGGGCCCAAAGUGAUGAGUGUAGAGAAGGCUUGAAUUUCAAUUCAAAUGUCCCAUUGUAAGUUCAGCUGAGAAAUUGAUUCUUUAAUUUGAGUAAAAUGAAUUUGCCUGAUUUUUUUUUUCAUCAAAUAUGUCAUGGUAUUAGAUGGGAAGGAGGAAAGACCAAAGUGGAACAUGUUAAUUUGAUAAGGACUGUUUGGCCAUUAGCAGCAGAAGUUGCUGGACAUUUUAUUUUUGCAAAAAUUGUAGAAACCUGCAAACAUCUUCUUAGGAGCGUUCUUUCUAUUUUUAUCAUAACAAAUGAAUGAAAUGCCACAUGAAGAGGCCCCGUCUUCUCCCUGGGUGUCCUUGAUAUUUUCAGCCCCAGAAUUCCCAAGCCAGCAUCUUUUCAGGAUAAGAGCACUCAGGCUAUAGUUAGACAUUGCGACUACUCAUAUAAUGAGAAAACAAGAGAAGAGAAAUACUGUAUUGUUCGGUGUAUAACGCGCUCCAGAGUAUAAGACGCACUUUAAUUUUGGGGAGGGAAAAAAAUCUGCCUCUGCCUCCCAGCAUCCAUCAGGAUUCAUCUGACUAGCUUCCUUGCAGCAAAUAGUGAACACCCAGGUCAGCUUCAGCUCAUUAUUGCAGCCUGAUUCAGUGUGAGCAGCUGAUUGGCGGGUGGAUCGGCCUCCUGCUAUACCCCCAAUCAGCUUUUCCAGGCUGCAGGGAUUGCUACAGACCAUCACCGCCUCCGUGCCUUGCGUUUUUGGCCGCUCUGCCUUACAUUUUCAGCCUCUGAACAUUCCAUUUCAGACCUGUUCAAGGCUGCGGGAAUCGCCAGAGCAUAUCACCGCCUCUGUGCAUUGCGUUUUCAGCCUCCACAGCCUUUUUAUGGCCUCUUCAUGUCAUGUUUUUGGGUCCCAGGCAUUUUCAGUCUCUGAAUGCUCUAUUUCAGACCUGUUCAAGGCUGCAGGAAUUGCUAGAGUAUGUUGCUGCCAAUCGCUGCCUCUGUGCAUUGCAUUUUCUGCCUCUGUGCAUUGUGUUUUCAGCCUCCACGGCCCCGUUUUUGGCCUCUGUUUGUCAUGUUUUUGGGUGGAUUCAGGCUGCCGAUCCCACUGAAAAAGCGCAAUGCGCAGAGGCCAAAAAUGGGGCAUGCGGAGGCCAAAAAGGCGAUGUGCAGAGGCUGAAAACACAAUGCGCAGACAUGGCAAUCAGUGGCGAUAUGCUCUGGCAACGUCCACAGCUUGAACAGGUCUGAAAAGCAGUGUUCAGAGGCUGAAAAUACGAGGCACAGAGACCAGAAUUCAAGGCAAGGAGGCGGCGAUGGUCUGUGACAAUCCCUGCAGCCUGGCAUAGGUUUAAAACGCGAUGUGUGGAGGCCAAAAAUGGCCAAAGGGUGGGGUCGGCAGGUGGGCAGGACUACAUUCAGUGUAUUAGACGCACCCAAAUUUUCGCCCUCGUAGGAGGAGAAAAGUGUGUCUUAUACUCCGAAAAACAUGAUAGUUUAUCUUUUCCUAACAAUUGCAGAAAUUCAUUGCGCCAAGCAUCUCUGCUCAGAUUUUGUCAAGAAUGAGGCACGCAAGUGGAAGAAACCUUACAAAUAGCAAAUAUAUUGGGGGAGUUUGAGGCAGUGACAAAAGCAGUGCAGAAUUUCAGAUGUAAAUGUUCUGCCCUACAGGUGACCUUCAUGGAGAAGAGCUGUAGGAAUAUUGAGUUGAGGAGAAAAGGGAUUGUGUGUUAGGUCCUCAUAGAUCCUUAUUAGGUUGCUACCAUUCUGGCAGGGAGGGCCUGAAUGCCAUUUUAUGACCUUUUCCUGUUUCUGCUCUUUUCUUAACUUUGAUGUACUUUCCUGGGAAUGGGAGGGGGGAGGAAUUGCCUGUGGCCAUCUGUUUUGUCUCAGCUCCAACAGAAGGAACAAGCAGUGCCUGAGAACAACUUACCACCUUCUCAACUCAGAGUUCGCAUAACAACUUUGCACCUGUGUAUUGGCUCCCCUUGGAUUGGGCAGAGGGGAGGGGUUUCUACAACUUUUUACCUAACGGUUCUGAGCAGAAACUUCAGAUCCUACCUUGCUCUACUUACUAUCACUGUCUUUCAAUAAAUGUUUCCCUUUGAAAUCCCUCUACCUACCAAAAUACAAAAAAAAUAUUAAGAAGUAACUGGGUUUUUGAAACAAAGACCAUUUUGCUAGUUAAUCAUAUUUUAUUCAUUUUAAUAAAUAACAUCAAGCUAAUCUUUUGCCAACUCAAUAAUGAAUUAUGUGGUGUGUGAGUGGUCUGUUCUAGGGAGAGGGAAUAAUUGGAAUUGUGCUGGUCACAAACUAAAGUGGAAAUUAUAAUAAACUGACACGUGAUUGAGGUGCUUC